AAGUGUGUCGAUCACAUAACACAUUUCUUUUAUCUUCUCCAUUUUAUUCUUUCAUUUGUGGAGUAAUCAUCUAUGUUCAAAGUGAAUUUUUCUUUUAAAUGGUCCAGUGAAUGUUAUUAGAGGAUGUUAUGCGGACCUGCAGUUAACCCAGAAAAUACCCCCAAAGGAAACGGAUUCCAACAUGUGUAUAGCAUAAAAAUACCGUAUGAGAUAAUAAUCUAAGCCAGAGUAGGAAAUUAGAAGGUCGGAGAUGAUGGUCGUCCACUCCAUUUCAUUUGGGAAAUGGCACCUGAACAAGGAAACCGAGUAGGAAUUAAGCAGAAAUAGAAAGGAUUUUGGUUGACGGUUUUCCCUGCUUGGGGAGUAGCAAAAGAAUGAGAGAAUGGAGGAGGGUGGAAGUAUAUAUUCAUGGUUAUAACAUUCAUGGCUGUUUGCCCGAUUCCCUUACCUGACGGGUUCUCUUACCUGUUGAGCCUCUUCUCCUUUAUCAUCUCUUACUCUUUCUCCUUCUUUUCUUCCUCCGGUUUCCUUUUCCACCCGCUUUCUUCUUCCCCUUCACUUUAUCGGUUGGUAGCGCAUUUCGGUCUGGCUGGCGCUAGCAGCAUUCAGCAGCAGCUACAAGAGAUUCAGUCGAGUCGAGUCGCUACGGCAGUUGAGAAUCCCCUUCACUUCGCUCUCCCCGGUUUUCAACAACAAUCACAAGAACAAGGAUGUCCUCUUGGACCGGAUUUUAAUUUCGGCAGCAUACCUUACACAUUCAAAGGACCCAGUGCCCUUUACUCUGGUCGAAGGAGCGCCCUAGAAGAUUUAAGCCCAGUCAACAAACCGCUCGUCAGUUUGGAUAUUAAUAUUGAUUCAAAACACAGCGUGAGCAGCCGAGGAGCACGGGCGCGGAGUGUUAACACGAUGGCGCCUCAACAGCCGCUGAUGAACGUGGCAAAUGACCCAGGCGUCUCCGACGAUGAGGAAUACACGGAAGACGAAGAAAGUCCGUUGACCAAUAACGAUAUCUAUGGCGGCAGCCAAAGAAGCGCAAUCGACACGAAAGGAUGGGACGUGUUUCGCAAUUUACCACCGGAAGAUGUGAGUGGUUCUCUUGCCAAUCAAAAGGUUGUCGAGGCGACAGUCAAAAUCUUCAAGGUAGUGGCCUACCUGUUGACAUUUAUUAUCGUCCUUUCGGCCGGAGUCAUCUCCAAAGGCACCGUCUUGUUUAUGACCUCUCAAAUCAAACCUGGACGCUCAACUGAAUACUGCACUCGACGAGAUGGGCGAUCGUUUCAAGCGCACGUGAGCGAAGAGGAGCGCGUCUCGUGGAUGUGGGCGCUACUUUUCAGUUUCGUCAUUCCCGAAUUCUUCAUGUGGUUCCGUUCGUCACGUAUUUGUUUCUUUCGACAAUGGAAAAGGCCUCGUUUCUUCGAUUUUAUCAUCGUCGUUCUCUUCGAGACAUUUCACGUCGUUGGUGUCGCCAUGCUCAUCUACGCCGUCUUACCCAACAUGAAGGUGGUCCAGGGUGCUAUGCUCACGAAUUGUGUCUGCCUCGUUCCCGGCAUUCUUGGCAUGCUGUCGCGCAAUUCCAAGGAAUCGAAGCGAUUCGCCAAAUCGAUUGUCGACAUUUUAGCUAUCGUGGCCCAGCUCAGUGGAUGCUUCCUCUGGGUUAUUCCGGAAUUGAACAAGACGAACUGGCAGCACGUUUGGAUGUUGCCUACUUCGCUCAUUCUGACGUCGUUUGGAUGGUGGGAGAAUUACGUCGACAAACAUUCACCAAUCGGGUUUGUCAAAUAUUUGGGCAAGAUCAAGGAAAAGAUGAAAUCGACCCGUUACUUCACCUACAUAUUUGUAAGCGUGUGGAAAGUGAUGGUCUUUUUUACUUCCAUGCUCUUGAUCGAACUCCUCACUGUCGGCAAAAUGGACAACAUUUUCCUGUUCUUCCAACCGGGUUUCGGCGAUCACAAGGUCAAUUUGACCGAGAUUAUUUCUAACAAAUUUGCUCAGCUGGAUAUUCCCGGUGCUGGACGUCUGACUGAAACGGAAACCAUCUCAUCCUGGCCCAAUACAGCCAUCUACCUUUGCGUUAUUCAAUCAUUCGCCGCUUUCCUUUGCUUUGGACUCGGAAAAUUCGCUUGCAAAAUUUGCAUCCAGGGUUUCAGCUACGCUUUUCCAGUAAACUUGACUAUUCCAGUUACAAUUUCUCUCUUGAUUGCCUUUUGCGGCUUGCGGAUUGGCAAUCCGUGCAUGUUUUCUGACACUAUUCCACCUUAUUUGUAUUGGGAUUGUCCCAACGGCGAUUUCCUUACCGAAGUCAUCACCAAUCAAUACGCCUGGGUCUGGCUCCUUUGGCUCCUGUCGCAGACUUGGAUCACGUUGCACAUCUGGACUCCGAAAUGCGAACGUUUGGCUCACACCGAGAAAUUGUUCGUCAAUCCCUUUUAUUGCUCGCUUCUAAUCGACCAGUCGAUGGGUAUGAACCGGCGACGUGACGACGAAAGCGAUGUCAAAACGGAAGACAUUGAACUGGAACGCGACGGAGUUGCCGAUACGGACAUGACUCAAUAUUACGAAACGAUAUCUAUUGGCACGGAAUCGUCAACAGCCACACCCAAAACCAUCAAGGCCUCCGAUAACAUCACUCGCAUCUACACCUGCGCAACUAUGUGGCACGAAACAACUGAAGAGAUUCUGACCUUCUUGAAGUCAAUCUUCCAUAUGGACGAGGACCAGUCUGCCCGUCGUGUCGCUCAAAAAUAUCUCAAGAUUGUCGAUCCCGAUUAUUACGAAUACGAAACCCACAUCUUUUUCGAUGACGCCUUCGAGUUGAGUGACCACAGUGACGAAGACGUGGUAGCUAACCGAUUCGUAAAGUUGCUAAUGAACGUCAUGGAUGAGGCAGCAUCACACGUCCAUCAGACCAACAUCCGACUUCGCCCGCCUAAAAAGUACCCAACACCCUAUGGAGGUCGCCUUGUUUGGACCCUACCCGGCAAGACCAAGAUGAUUGCUCACUUGAAGGACAAGGGCAAAAUCCGUCACAGGAAGCGAUGGAGUCAAGUCAUGUACAUGUACUACCUUUUGGGACACAAACUUAUGGAGUUGCCUAUCUCGGUCGAUCGUAAGGAAGUUGUUGCCGAGAACACGUACUUGCUCACCCUUGACGGAGACAUUGACUUUUUGCCCAACGCUGUACAACUCUUGGUCGAUUUGAUGAAAAAGAACCGUAACCUGGGCGCCGCUUGCGGACGCAUUCAUCCCGUCGGAUCCGGCCCUAUGGUGUGGUACCAACUCUUCGAAUACGCUAUCGGCCAUUGGCUCCAAAAGGCUACCGAACAUAUGAUUGGCUGCGUCUUGUGUAGUCCUGGUUGCUUCUCUCUCUUCAGAGGAAAAGCUCUUAUGGAUGACAACGUUAUGCGCAAGUACACGACCCGCUCCGACGAAGCCAGACAUUACGUCCAGUACGAUCAGGGCGAAGAUCGUUGGCUCUGUACCUUACUCCUCCAGCGUGGCUAUCGUGUCGAAUACUCCGCCGCUAGUGACGCCUACACUCACUGUCCCGAAGGUUUCAAUGAAUUUUAUAACCAACGUCGUCGCUGGGUUCCAUCCACCAUGGCCAACAUUAUGGAUUUGCUGGGCGAUUACAAACGAACCAUCAAAAUCAACGACAACAUUUCGCUGCCUUACAUUUUCUACCAGAGCAUGUUGAUGGGUGGUACGAUCCUUGGACCCGGUACCAUUUUCCUCAUGUUGGUGGGUGCUUUCGUCGCCGCUUUCCGUAUUGACAACUGGACUAGCUUCAUCUACAAUUUGGUCCCCAUUCUCCUUUUCAUGUUCAUUUGCUUUGUCGCUAAAUCAGAAAUUCAGCUACUUUUGGCCCAAAUAUUAUCAGCCUGUUAUGCCUUAAUCAUGAUGGCUGUAAUUGUUGGUACAGCGUUACAGUUAGGCGAGGACGGCAUCGGUUCACCUUCAGCUAUUUUCUUGAUAGCCUUAUCGGGCUCAUUCUUUAUAGCAGCCUGUCUCCAUCCGCAAGAGUUUUGGUGCGUCGUACCGGGUCUUCUCUAUUUGAUGAUGAUUCCCUCUAUGUACUUGCUGUUGAUUCUCUAUUCCAUCAUCAACUUGAACGUCGUCUCAUGGGGAACACGUGAAGUCCAAACCAAAAAAUCUAAAAAGGAAAUUGAAAGGGAAAAGAAAGAAGCUGAAGAAGAUGCUAAAAAAGCCAAAAUGCAAAAGAAAUCUGGCUUACUUGGAUUUUUCAACAGUUCUAUGACGGAUUCGGAGGAAGGAUCGCUAGAACUGAGCUUUGCUGGACUUUUCAAGAUCAUGUGUUGUACCCAUCAGAAAGCUGUCGACGAGAAACAACAGUUGCUUCGCAUAGCUGACACUUUGGAAUCCCUCAACAAACGAUUAGACGUCAUUGAAAGAGCUGUCGAUCCGCACGGUUUGAUGGCACCUCGCCGUCGCUCCAUGUCGCGUACUUCACACCGCGGAGGAGGCGGUGUCGAUGGAUUGGCUUCCGUUCAUGAAAAUGAUGGUGGAUCCAAUUCUGACGACAGUGAUGACGAAAGUGAUAGCGUUGAACCCAAAACUGAACGUGACGACCUAAUCAAUCCCUACUGGAUCGAAGAUAAGGAUCUUAAGCGUGGAGAGGUGGACUACUUGUCUGGCCCUGAAAUCCAAUUCUGGAAAGACUUGCUUGACAAAUAUUUGUACCCCAUCGACGAGAACAAAGAAGAACAGGCUCGUAUUGCGUCUGAUUUGAUUGAGCUGCGGAACAAGUCCGUCUUCUUCUUCUUCAUGUUCAAUGCUCUUUUCAUCUUGAUUGUGUUCUUGCUGCAACUGAACAAAGGUGCUCUGCACGUUGAUUGGCCUCUGGGUGUCAAAACCAACAUUACCUACAUCGAAGAAACCUCCGAGGUUUUGAUCACUAAAGAGUACUUGCAACUCGAACCUAUUGGUCUGGUUUUCGUCUUCUUCUUCGGCUUGAUUCUUAUUAUCCAGUUUGUGGCCAUGUUGUUCCAUCGUUUUGGAACAUUGUCCCACAUUUUGGCCUCUACUGAACUUAGCUGCAGUCGCAAGGUUGACGACUUGUCCGAAGAUGCUUUUAUUGACAAAAACGCUGUCGAAAUUGUUCGUAAUUUACAACGGUUGCGAGGCAUUGACGACGCUGACGAGGAUAACGAAUCCGGUUCUUAUCGCGAUCGCAUUGGUCAUCGACGAACGAUUCACAACUUGGAAAAACAGAAGCAGAAGAAACGCGUUACUGGCACGUUGGAUGUGGCUUUCAAGAAGCGCUUCUUUUCAAUGACUGCCGAAGGCGAGAUUGAAGAUACCCCGGUAAUGAGCAAUAUGCGCAAGAUCCCCAUGCGUCGUGAGACCAUCAAGGCCCUUGAGGUCCGUCGAAACACAGUUAUGGGAGAGGCUCGUAAACGAUCGACCAUGCAGACACUUGGAGCCAACAAUGAAUUUAACCGUAACAAAGCCCGGCAUCGUACUAAAGCUACCGUUGUCGGAAACACUGUCGAGCGCAUAUACUCACUCAACGCUCAACUCAACCAAGUGGUAGGUACCGGUAAUGGAGCCGCAAAUCCCAACGAAGGCUAUGAAAUGAGCUCGGACGACGAGCGUUCAAACGUCACCCGCAACUCAGUGCGCCAUACGCAACCAACGCCGCAGCCCGUCCUGGCUGAAGUGCGUAACAGUCAGUUGUGAGCCGAUGAUGCUCAAUUGAUGCUGAAGAAUCACCGUCUAUAAGACUGAAUUCGACUACUCUUCUGUCUCUCCCUUUCCCUUUUUUACAAAAUUGAUUAUCGACCAUAAUGGGUUUUACUUACGAUUGAUUGCUUGCAUAAGCAUCUUAUUAACUUGUAAUUUUUAAAAGAUGGACUAUUCAUGUACAAAAAAAAAUACAUUUUAAAAUUUAAAA